GCGGGUGGAAUAACACAGGCCGGUAACGCACUACGUUCUUUAUUUAGAACGCCCUGUAUUCAGCAUGUUGGCCGGGGCAGACCCAAGCAAUCGAACGCCGCACGGAGCCGCAGCUGCUCCUUAUGAGUCAUCCCGCUGGCGGUUGAUUAGUCAGCCUGGACAGUGCAGGCAGCUGAGGGUGUGCGGCUGCAAAGUAGAAGGUGGAAGUGAUGCGGGCGUGUGAGGAGCGCUGAGGCUGCAGGGAGGACGCCCGGGGCCCGUCUGCUGCUGACAGGCAGAAACCAUGGACUCGGACCCGGCAGCCGCUCCGCACCUUCUUGGCAGAUCACAGCUCAACGCUGCGACCUCUGCAGACAGCAAUGAGGACAACCAAAGAUCAGGACCCUCCAAUCCCGGAUCCCCCAGGGUGUUUGCCGCUGUGCCAGAAACCAUGGACGAGGAUGAGGAAGCGACUUUUCAGGAACUGCUGGAAAAAGCCAGGGCCGGGGAAGCCAAGGCCCAGAGCGAGGUAGGAAAAUACUACUUAAAACUUGCUGAAGAGCAGGAUGAGGAAGUGAACAGCUGUGCUGCAGUCAACUGGCUGAUCCAAGCCGCCAAGCAAGGUCGAAGGGACGCGGUGAAGCUUCUGCGGAGAUGUUUGGCAGAUAGAAGAGGAAUCACAAAUGAGAAUGAGAGCGAGGUGAAGACACUCUCGUCAGAGACUGAUCUGGAGAGGGCCGUGAGGAAGGCUGCGCUGGUGAUGUACUGGAGGCUCAACCCCAAGAAGAAGAAGCAGCUUCCUGUGUCUGAACUGCUGGAGAACGUCAGCCAGGUUAAUGCUGAAGAUGGGGAACAGCAGCCUGGACCAAUCCCAAAAGCUGCCCAGAAGGAGCGCCGGGUACUGGAGCGCUUAGUUAGCAGUGAAUCUAAAAGCUACAUUGCCUUAGAUGAUUUUGUGGAAAUUACAAAAAAAUAUGCUAAGGGGAUAGUACCAUCAAACCUAUUCCUCCAUGAUGAUGACGAUGACGAAUUUGCAGGAAAGAGCCCAGAGGAACUGCCCCUCCAACAAAAGAUUGUUAAGUAUCCAUUACACGUCAUCAUGGAACUUAAGGAAUACCUUAUAGACGUGGCUUCCAAGGCUGGAAUGCACUGGCUGUCCACCAUUAUGCCUACACACCACAUCAAUGCACUCCUCUUUUUCUUCAUCAUCAGUAACCUCACCAUAGACUUUUUUGCCUUCUUCAUCCCCUUAGUUAUCUUCUACUUGUCCUUCAUUUCUAUGGUUAUUUGCACCCUCAAGGUGUUCCAGGACAGUAAAGCUUGGGAGAACUUUCGUGCCCUCACAGAUCUGCUGCUUCGCUUCGAGCCGAACUUAGAUGUUGAGCAAGCUGAAGUGAACUUUGGUUGGAAUCACCUUGAACCCUAUUUAUAUUUCUUGAUUUCAGUAUUUUUUGUCAUCUUCUCGUUCCCCAUAUCAGAUAAGCACUGGAUUCCCUGUUCAGAGCUGGCAGUCAUAUCCAUCUUCUUCACGAUUACCAGCUACUUGAGUUUGAGCACAAGUGCAGAGCCUUACACUCGGAGAGCUUUAAUUACUGAAAUUGCUGCCGGAGCUCUCACCUUUGUAAAUAUGUUGCCAGAUUCUGUGCCCUAUAUUAAUUUACUUAGCAAAACCUUCUUCGCUUUGCCAGUGGGGCAUUUUAUCGUGUUCCACAUCAGUGUUCCUUGCAUAUUCUUUAUUUACUUAUUUUACCUAUUCUUCAGGAUGGCACAGUUGAGGAAUUUUAAGGGUGUCUAUUGUUACCUUGUCCCGUACAUGGUUUGCUUCAUGUGGUGUGAGCUAUCCGUCGUGAUUCUAAGAGAAUCUACCACCAUUGGCCUGAUCCGUGCAUCCAUUGGCUACUUCCUCUUUCUUUUUGCGCUUCCCAUUCUUCUGGUGGGCAUUGCCGUCAUGUGUGUUGUCCAUUUCAUGAAGUGGUUUUUGACUUUAGAAUUCACUAAGAUUGUGGUAACCCUCGUUUUGUGCACAAUUCCUGUAGGUUUUCGUUGGUGGGCCAAAGCCAACUACUCAGUCGUCGGAAUGUUUAAAUCUCUUACCAGAAGUUCCAUUGUGAAGCUGAUCCUAGUUUGGAUCACAGCCAUUGUCAUGUUUUGUUGGGUAUAUGUCUACCGUUCGGAAGGAAUGAAAGUGUACAACUCCACCUUGACCUGGCAACAGUAUAGCUUUCUGUGUGGUCCCAGGGCAUGGAAAGAGACCAACAUGGCAAGGACCCAAAUUAUAUGCAGCCACUUGGAAGGUCACAGGGUGACUUGGACAGGAAGAUUCAAGUAUGUCCGUGUCACCGAUAUCGACAACAGCGCUGAAUCUGCCGUGAACAUGCUCCCUCUUUUUCUUGCAGAUUGGAUGAGGUGCUUGUAUGGAGAAGCCUACCCAGUUUGUGAUCCUCAGAGCGUCACCAUAGAAGAAGAGGAGCUUUGCCGCCUUAAGUUCUUAUCCAAACACGAAUGCCAUAUGAAGAAAUUUGACAGGUACAAAUUUGAGAUUUCCGUCGGUAUGCCUUUAAACAGUGGGAACAGGACUAUUGAAGAAGAUGACGUGACGAAAGAUAUCGUCCUGAAAGCCAGCAAUGAGUUCAAAACGGUGCUGUUAGGCUUGCGGCAGGGGAGUGUGAUAGAAUUUAGCACCAUCCUAGAAGGACGUCUAGGGAGCAAGUGGCCGGUCUUCGAGCUGAAAGCUAUCAGUUGCUUAAACUGCAUAGCCAAACUGACUCCUUCCUCCAGACAUGUCAAGAUAGAGCAAGACUGGAGACGCAGUGUCCACACAGCUGUGAAAUUUGCCUUUGAUUUUUUCUUUUCUCCUUUCCUCUCUGCUGUUUGAUGAUGCCAUCCAAAUACUAAAACCAAAGAAUGAGCUCUAACUUCUGCACCUUGUCAUAUACGUUCACAAAAUAAGAGGUCAUAGUAAAACAAAAAAUAGUGCAAAGAAAAAACAGGCGUUAUCGUGAACAUCCAAUCGAAGGCUUUCACUUAUUGAUGUACACUUGUUGAUUGGUGGCCAUGGAAUGGUCACCAUCGCACUUAUUUGCACUAUUAAUGGCUCCUUUAACCGUUCUGUUUAACAUUGCUUUGUUAGUUGCACUGUAUGGACAAUCACAUCUUCUAUUGUUUGGAAUAGCUAGUGACAACUUACCGUAUUCAGCAAUAUAACAAAGCAUUUUUUUUGUCUUGCCACCAAACUAAAAUACUCUAUACAGCGUAAAAUUUUUUUUUGCUACUUGCAAACUGUCUGCAAGCUGCUGUUGACUGAUCUUGUAUUAUAUUAUCAUGUUUCAAAAUAAUAGUUUUAGAUCAUAAUGUAGUGAUACUCUGGUGUGAAUGAACUAUAGGUCUGUUUGGGUUUCAAGGGGUUGUCCAGCAUUUAGAAGAAUGUUUUUUUUUUUUUUUUUUUUUUUUUUCUAGGAACAGCACCACACUUGUUCAUGGGAUAUGAUUUUGGUUUUCCAGCGCACCCCUUUUCAAGUGAAUGUGACUGGAUCACAGUAUCAGACAUUGCACAUGGACUAAAGAGGAG